AUGGCGUUGCUUCUUCCGAGUGACCUCGAGCGAAAUGCUGAGUACAGUGAGUACGAGAAUUACGCUCUAAUGCUUCAGCACUCCGUUCAAAGAGAGGUUUCUGCCUUGAAGAAGGAAAACAAAACUGUUUUGACGAAGAUGAAGAAGCUGGAAGAUCAGGCCGAGGCUGCCACUAAGGCCCAACAGAUGGCCGAAGAAAAAGCGGAGUCUGCUGAGGCUAUCAGAAAAGUUGCCGAGGCCGAGAAAAAAGAGGCCGAGGUAGAAAAGGCCCAAGCCGAAAAAGAGCUUCAGAAGGCUCUAGCCACCAAAAAAGCCGAAAUCAAGGAAGCUGAUGAAAAGGCUUACGCCCAGGGCAUGGCCGACAUCACUGAGGAAUAUAAACUUCAAGUCAGGCAGGCCUGCAACAAGGGCUUUUCUCUUGGUUGGAUGGCCCUUGCCAAGAAGCUUAAUAUCCCAGAUGACUCGCCAUUGCACAAGGAUGAGGAUAAGGAUGAUGAAGAAGCUUUGGUACGGAAACCCAAGGAUACCAGUGAGACCAAGUCUCCUCCUCAGGAGGUUCAAGUCCUAGACUUGACUCAUGAGGAGGAUGAGGAGGUUAUUAAGGAGACCACUCCUGAGCAAGCAUCGUCUGAUAUUCCUCAGAUCGGCAAGAGCAUUGAUGAAACCCUUGCCGAGAUCGACGCCGAGAUUGCUGCAGAUGAGGAAGCCGAGGUAUCUCUUCAGGAGACUUCUGAGGUUCUGAUCCAGCCAAAUGCUGAUGCUGAGAAGUCUUAA